AGAAAAAAUCCAGAUUUUCUUUCUAAUUUCUUUACAGCUGUUGUUGCUGUUGUUUGCAGUCUUGUUGGAGCAGGCAUUGUAGCGAUAACAGGCGUCAUUCUGGCUGUUGUUCUAUGGCAACGUGGUUUGCUGCGAUGGGGAAAUAGGCACAGUCAGCGACCUGCAAAUGACACCGUUGAUUACGAUGAUACCAGGGUUGAAUUCACAACAGCCGGAAAUCGCCCUGUACACAUCUACGCCAACAUUGGGACGAAUUACGUAAAUGAUAUGUUCGACCCUGUACGCUGGGGUGGACAAAACCCCCAACAGCCAGUGCCUACGGGGCACCACGUUCCGGUUCACGGAGUCCAUGGGAAUGAGCCAACGGACUCAGAUGAAGAAGUGGAUGCGUACGACUACGCGACAUGGCAGCAGGGUGUUCUUGGUCAAAGCCCAGUUCCUGAUCCUCAGCUGAGUCAAACGGAGUAUGGCACCUCAGAUGAAGAGUAUGGGCAGAACGUCUUAAACGAUUCACAACGCGAGCAGGAGAGACAGGAGCCUGAAGGCACAUACAAUGACCUACGAAUCCUCGUAGAAGACGAACAUAUGGAGCUAAGAAUCCUCGUAGAGGGGCAGCCUCACCGCAGCACAGCAGAGGGCAGUUCAAGCCAAGCCAAUGGGGCCCAUGGGAGGACUCCAAGUCGCUCGAAUGUGGCCCAAGAGUUGACUCCAAGUCGUUCGAAUGACGAUAUGUCAAACGAGCAAGAGUCACUAUAUGCGCAUUUAGAUCCAGUAGCGCCAGUAAUGCCUGGAGAUUAUUUGGACUUCAGACAACUAGGUUCGGAAUAG